AUGGAACCAGUUACUGAGGCUAAACGGAAAGCCCUGCUUGCUUACAAAAGAAACCCAAAUGAAAGAACUCGAGAUGACCUACGAAAAGCAAAGAACAGGGCACAGCAAACACCCAGGAGAUGCGCAAAUAACUACUGGGUGAAUUUAUGUGCAGGUAUACAGAAAGCGGCCGAUUCUGGGGAUGAUACGGCAAUGUACGAUGGUAUUAAGAAAGCAGUUGGACCAACUGUCAGAAAAACAGCUCCUCUGAAGCCCAAGACGGGUGAAGUCAUUGCUAAUGAAGGCAAACAAAUGAAACGCUGGGUUGAACGCUACCUGGAGUUGUGUGCAGCCGAGAAUGAAGUUAGCAAGGAUGCAUGUGACGCCAUCCAACAAAUGCCAGUUCUGGAACAACUUGAUGCAAUGCCUACUAUGGAAGAACUCAGUAGAGAAACAGAUUCUCUUGCUAACGGAAAGAACCCAGGUGAAGAUGGGAUCGCUGCAGAGGUUAUUAAGUAUAACAAGUCUGUUCUCAAACAUUUACAUUCACUUAUCACAAUCAGCUGGGAAGAAGGUUAUGUGCCAAUGAGUAUGCAGAAUUCGAGGAUAGUUACUCUAUAUAAACAGAACGGGAACAGAAGUGACUGGAACACUUACCGAGGCAUUUCAUUAAUACGUGUAGCUCGGAAAGCUUAUGCAAGAGUCAUCCUAAUGCGAUUACAAACCUUAGCUUCCAGAAUCUACCCAGAAUCUCAGUGUGGCUUCAGGCCGGGCCCAUCAACCGUAGAUAUGAUCUUCUCCUUAAGACAGCUACAAGAGAAAUGUCGUGAGCAGCAGAGGCCACUUUAUAUUGCUUUCAUGGACCUUGUUAAAGCGUUCGAUCUAGUGAGCAGAAAUGGGCUUUUCAAACUGUUGUAG